GACUAGUUUAAGGAUAGAAAUGAAUAUUUGUACGGUAUUGCAUAGUUGGAAUUAGAUAUCCAUUUUUGUAUUGUUUCAUAAUGAUUGGACCUCUCUACACAUCUUUAAACAAGCGGUACAAAAUACUCAACUCCGUGAAUAACGGUGGUUGUUUUUACCCGGGUGUUUUUACUUGCACGCUGUAAACAAUCUUUUAUCGGAUGAUAUGUAAUGCACUCACACGUAUUGCGAGGUUAUGUACUAGCAUUAGUAUAGUAUAGUAACAUUACAUCCACUACUGUGGACGUAAUGUUCAUACAUUUGCACACUGCACUUCACCAGCGCGACAAUGCACCAGACGGUGGCUUGUACUGUUUCCGGAAAGUUUAAACCCAUGCCUCUGAUCGGCCGAAAAGGGAAUUGCCUGUCCUGUCGGUUUAUAUUGAAGAACGAGUCUCACUGGAAUGUAUUGGAUGAAAUUUUUCGCAUCAUCAUUUAUUUCUUGACCUCAUGGCGACAACCAACAACAUUCCUGAUUUAGAAUUUGAACCGGACGUUCUAUCCAGUGAAGUCCUUCGACAUCGGCCUGUGUACGAAGGCAUGACCUUCCCGCCAGCAGUAAGGAUCGAGGCCCUCAAAGAACUCAAAACUUUCCAGAUUCGACCAGAUGAUAUCUUCAUCGUUACUUUUCCAAAGAGUGGUACCCACUGGGUGAGUGAGAUCGUCAGUCUCCUGUUAGCUGAUGGAGACUUGGAGAGGGUCAAUAGACGCACAACUCUCGCUCAUCUCGAGUUCGCUCUCAUUGAUGACGUAGGCAAAGAUGGCGCCAGGUACUGUUACAUGUACAAGAUGUUGCAGAAUGCCGAUUCCCCACGUGUCAUUACGAGUCAUCUACCAUAUAGAUUCCUUCCUGAACAGUUGGAUGAGAAAAAACCAAAGAUCAUCUACGUCGCAAGAAAUCCAAAGGACGUGUUCACAUCUUGGUUUCAUUUCAGAAAACGUGACCCUCGGUUUGGAAACCUACCCUGGGAUGAAUACUUCAAUGGUGCAAUAUCAGGCAAAUAUGUUUAUGGAUCAUGGUUUGAUCAUGUCUUGGAGUACUGGAAUAAGAGGGAGAAAGGAAAUGUUCUUUUCGUGAAAUAUGAAGACAUAAAAAUGAACGCCCGAGAGACAGUUGUUUCCGUCGCCAAACAUCUCAAUCUAACCCCUAGUGAUGACGUCAUUGAUAGAGUGGUCCAUAGUAGUAGUUUAGAUGAAAUGAAGAAGAUGUAUCAACGGCUCAAAACAGACAACCAAGGUCCUUUCAAUAAUCAUUAUGGGAACGCUUACGGAUCCAACAGUUUCGUCAGAAAAGGAAAGGUUGGAGAUUGGAAAAAUCAUUUCUCAGUGGCGGAAAACGAGGAAUUUGACCGAGUAUUCCAGGAGAAAAUGAAGGACAGUGGACUAACAUUUGCAUUUGAAUAAUACGCAUCAAAAUAAUAUAACAUUUAUAGGUCUUUCAUAAUAAUGAUAAUUAUUAUUAAAGAAAUAGAUAUUUUUAAUGAUAAAGAUAGCCCAGCUGACCCCACACUGAUCAUCAAUUGUUCUGUUAUGUCAUUGUCACUUAAAAACAAUAAAAGCAGCUACUAUAUCAUUUCUAAUUAUGAGGUAAUUUAAUCACGCCUUUACAAUACUUUGUGCUGGAAAUUAAAGGAAAAUUUUGUAACUUUAGAUGAAUUUAUAUGCGAUCUAUUCCACAUUGCUUUGUCAAUUGAUUGAAAAAACCCGAA